GAACUUCCAAAACAGAGUUUCACAUGGUGGCAUGGCAACAUGUGUUGCGUACUGCCCUUGCCGCCACUUGGAAAUGAGUCGGGCUAUCACUACUGCCGGAGCGACCCGUCUCUCCCACAAUCAUCCUAACUACUUUUCCACUAGGUUUCCCGGGUCCGGGUUCGGAUUCUGCUACGGGUCUGCUCUUCAGAGGAAGCAAAGAUGGCCAAGACGCCAUCGCCUCAAGCUCGUUCUCACCGCACAGCUUUCCAACGCUUUCUCCGUCAACAUCGGCUUGGAUUCUCAGUCACGCGGUACAUCACAGUUGCGAUGGAUUGGUCCACUGCCUGGGGACAUUGCAGAAGUAGAGGCUUAUUGCCGAAUUUUCAGGGCAGCUGAACAGCUGCGAAAUACAUUAAUGGACACACUAUGUAAUCCAGUGACUGGGGAAUGCAGCGUCUCAUAUGAUGUUCCAUCAGAAGAUAAACCAUUGUUGGAAGAUAAAAUAGUUUCUGUUCUAGGUUGCAUGGUCUGUCUUUUGAAUAAAGGGAGGGAGGAGGUUCUAUCUGGAAGGUCGCGGAUGAUGAACUCAUUCCGUGAUGUUGAUGAUGAUAUGAUGGAGGAUAAGGUUCCUCCGCUGGCAGUUUUUAGGGGGGAGAUGAAAAGUUAUUGUGAGAGUUUACAUGUUGCUCUUGAAAACUUCUUGACACCUGAUGAUGCUCGGAGUACAAAUGUGUGGAGAAAACUGCAAAGACUGAAAAACGUAUGUUAUGAUGCUGGGUUUCCUCGUAGAGAUGAUUUUCCCUGUCAGUCAUUGUUUGCAAACUGGUCUGCUGUUUAUUUGUCAACUACAAAUGAAGAGACAGACUCAGCAAGAUCUGAGGCUGCUUUUUGGACAGGUAGCCAGGUAACUGAAGAAGGUUUAAAAUGGUUGUUGGAUAAUGGGUUCAAAACGAUUGUAGAUCUUAGAGCUGAGGUUGUAAAAGACAACUUCUAUGAAAACAUGCUAGAUGAAGCUAUUUGCUCUGGCAAGAUCAGGCUGAUUAAACUUCCAGUUGAAGUUGGUACAUCACCGUCAAUGGAGCAGGUUGAGAUGUUUGCAACUCUGGUCUCUGAUUCAAGGAUAAGACCCAUAUAUCUCCACAGUAAGGAAGGAAUUCGGAGAACAUCUGCAAUGGUCUCUAGAUGGAGGCAAUUCAUGGCUCGCUACACCUCACAGGUUGUGCAAAAUCAGGGAGCUCCAUCCAAUGAUAAUUUACUGCGUGAUAAUAGAGAAAUAGAAGUUCCCUUGUUCUCAAACUCAGAUGAAGGUACUGCUUUUAAUGAUAAUGGACGAUCAGGAGAUGAUCAAGAUGAAUCCCACCCAAAAAAAUCAAGUGAUGUAGUUAGUUCUACCAGGGAGCUUGUUAAUCGAAGUUCUCAAGACAGAGAAAAUCAGUCACUGAACAAGAAUGAAGUGGAGAAGACUGCUGCAUUCAAGUCGGAUACUGCAUUUUCAGGGACUGAAAGCGUAGUUGUUUCAUACACCAAAAUAAAUCCACUUGAGUCACAGCUGCCUCCUCCUAAUGUUUUCUCCCGAAAAGAGAUGUCCACAUAUUUCAAAAAUAGAAAGAUUUCACCAGAAAUAUAUUUUACACAUGAACAGAAACGAUUAGAGAUCUUGUGUGCCUCAAAAUAUGACAACAAAAGGAAACCUUGGAGAAGCGACAUCACUGCUUCUAGAACUGAAUACAAAUUGAUAGAAUCAGAUAGCCCAAAUGGGUUAUAUAACAGCAAGAGCUUAUCUGGAAGUCUUUCAGCUUCUCCUGCUGAUCUUGGAACAUAUGUGGGUCCUAAUGGUUCUAUGGCUCCUGCGUUGAAUGGAUACAGCAACGGAUUUACAUAUACCAUGAGUCCAAAUGGUGAGUUUGCUAAUACAAGAGCUGAGUUGGAGAGAAAUGCUAUCUCUUCAACCAUUAUAACAGACCAGACGAGUAAUGUUGAAGCCCCUGCAUCCUCAAGUGAUGAAGAGUUGGAGAUUGACGGAGAUAUGUGUGCUUCUGCAACUGGUGUUGUGAGAGUGCAGUCAAGAAAGAAAGCCGAAAUGUUCCUAGUGCGUACAGAUGGAUUUUCAUGCACCAGAGAAAAGGUAACUGAAUCAUCCUUGGCCUUCACCCACCCUAGCACCCAGCAGCAGAUGCUUAUGUGGAAAUCUACACCUAAGACUGUACUAUUGUUGAAGAAGCUGGGACAGGAACUCAUGGAACAAGCUAAAGAGGUUGCUUCUUUCAUGCAUUACCAAGAGAAUAUGAAUGUUCUUGUUGAACCCGAGGUGCAUGAUAUUUUUGCAAGAAUCCCAGGAUUUGGGUUUGUUCAGACCUUCUAUAGUCAGGAUACCAGUGGUCUCCAUGAGAGAGUCGAUCUUGUUGCCUGCUUAGGAGGAGACGGGGUUAUACUUCAUGCAUCAAAUAUAUUUCGAGGUGCUGUUCCACCUGUUGUCUCGUUUAAUCUAGGAUCGCUUGGAUUUCUUACUUCUCACAGGUUUGAUGAUUAUAAAAAGGACCUGAGACAUAUCAUCCAUGGGAAUAAUACUUCGGAUGGAGUCUAUAUUACUCUUAGAAUGCGACUUCGCUGUGAGAUUUUCAGAAAUGGGAAAGCAAUGCCUGGGAAGGUGUUUGAUGUCCUAAAUGAAGUCGUGGUUGAUCGGGGCUCUAACCCAUACCUCUCCAAAAUAGAGUGCUAUGAACAUGAUCGCCUCAUAACAAAGGUGCAAGGUGAUGGAGUGAUCAUUGCCACUCCGACUGGAAGUACUGCUUACUCUACAGCUGCCGGGGGUUCCAUGGUCCAUCCCAAUGUUCCAUGCAUGCUCUUCACGCCAAUUUGCCCACACUCUCUCUCGUUCAGGCCAGUUAUACUUCCAGAUUCUGCGAAGCUGGAACUAAAGAUCCCCGUUGAUGCACGCAGUAACGCUUGGGUCUCAUUCGAUGGGAAGAGAAGGCAACAACUUUCUCGAGGCGAUUCUGUACGGAUAUGUAUGAGCCAGCAUCCACUCCCAACAGUGAACAAGUCUGACCAAACAGGUGAUUGGUUUCACAGCUUAAUUCGUUGCUUAAAUUGGAACGAGAGGAUGGACCAGAAAGCCCUCUGAAAUUCCCCUACCACUCCUUUCUCUGUAAAUUUAUUACUGUACAGUCAAAAUAAUUACAUAACAUUGUAAAGGUUAAAAAACAAAAAACUGAUUAAUCUUGUUACUCUUCUCUGUAACAUCAACAAUUGUUGUUAUUAUCAUACAAAAUUUAAUAGGUGUUUAUCAACUUAAA